CCCAGUACAGUAUAGUUCAACUCGAAACAUCUUCCCUGUAGUGUCAUAUACAAAAAAGUUGACAUUAUCACUACUCAUCAGUCUAAGUUGCACUUGGACAAGACGCACAAGUUUAAUUUUAUUUAUUUUCUUGUCCCCGUCCAGCUUCUAUAUCGCGUUUAUACUUGGACUUAAACGUAUCUUGUUGAAUUUAUUACUAUUUUUUUUUUUCUCUUAUUAAGACGCCAUAAUCUGGAAUAUCAAGUUCACAGUCAAUGAGGCUAAGGCUGAGGCUGAAUUGCUAAAAUCAAAAGAAUUUCUUAUUCUUUUACACCUCUCUCGCACUUUGCUCCUUCUGUCAAAUAAGAGGAACCGGCCCAGUAUACAGCGCGCGGCGCGACAGCAGCGACAACAAAAAAAUGGCAGCAAUUAAUCUUUCAAAUAUUUUGUACCUCACGAUGACAACCAGGACGUUGCUACUUUUGCUCAUCACCUCGUUAGCUACACUCCAAGCAUGUCCGGUUUAUCUGACUGUUUCCUUAAAUGGAAAGUCCAUCGAGGAGUCUUUUGUGGAAAUCAACUGGGGACCGGAUUGCCGCAACAAACCCGAAUGGAUCGGCUUGUUUCCUGAUGAUCCAUCUGUGUCCAAUACACAACCUCUGGCCAGAGUUGACGAUCUUAAGAAUUCCACCGGAAAGGUUACAACAAAUGUUAAAAUUGGAAAACUAAGAUUUCCAAGGGGUUGGAAUCGUGAAGAUGUAAACACUUUACCAGCGGAAUAUCCAAAGGGAAAAUGUUUGGACUUUUUUGUGGCAAGUUUUAGAGGGAUGGAACUUUUGGCCGUGGAAUGUAUGAAAAUCUUACCCAAUUGGAUGGGAAAAACUAGUCAUGUAGCUGAAGUGCCACUAAAAAGUCUUUUUAUUCCAGGAACUCAUGCAUCUGGAGCUUUUAAUACAAAUCAAAAAUCAAAUCUCAUUAAAGAUUAUGCCUUCUCUCAACAUUUAGAUGUUUGGUCACAAUUAAUAUUUGGCAUUCGAUUUCUUGAUAUGAGUAUUGGAAUUAACUUGAAAAAGAGUAGAACGCCACCAGAGGAUGAUAACUUUUGGAUUGUAAACGAGAACAUGUUGGUAGCGAAAUUGGCUCCAAUUUUGAAAGAUGUCAAACGUUUUGUUGAAACGUCAGGUGAAAUUGUUAUUAUGGAUUUCAGUUCAUUUCCCAUUGGUUUCUAUAAACGCCCGGAUAGACACAGUGACCUGCUUCGUGUGAUAGAAAAAGAAAUCGGUAAUUUAGCCUAUAAACGCAACUCAACAGCCGAUCGUAACUUUAAAUGCUACGAACUAUCAAUGAAUGACAUCCGUAAAGCUGGAAAACACUUAUUACUAAUCUAUCCAAUUGAAGAGUUGCCAUAUCCCGAUAGUGAAUCCGAGAUACUCUGCCCCACUUGGAAGACAUUCUCACUAGGUGACAUGAAUACAUCCGCAUCAUUGGAUUAUAUGAGGUUCUUAUUUGCAAAGAAAAACGACUCAGUCAUCCAGGAUGAAGGCUGGAUAUUCCAUGCAGUACUUGGACUUGAACAGGCCCUGAACACAUAUAGCAAGGCACAAACCACUGAGGAACGGGCCGGUGUUAUUAAUGUCAAGCUAUCCAGUUGGCUUGGUGGACCAUGGAGUCUAACUGCAAAUGUUGUUGCUGUUGACUUUUUUACUUAUACGAAUUUAAUUGAUAUAGCAAUUUAUGCCAACUUGCAUAAGGCUUUCACCAUAGCUAAUAAAAACCUAACGCGUUUUGAAAUUGAAAAUUAUUGAUGGCAAAAAGAGUGGCAAGUAGUGGCAACUGGUGACUGCACUCGCAAGCUCCAUGCAAGCCAAGUGAGAGAUGUCUUUAAACGGUACAUGAGUAAUGAAUGAUUUUGUUUUUUUUGUAAUAUCAAUUUGAAAUUGUAAUUAAGUGAGGAAAUAAAUUUAUAAAAAAUUGA